AUGCAUAGCGCAGAUCCGCACAGUCUCCAUUGCCACCGAUGCGGCGCCACCGCGGAGUUUGGGCUUCGUGGAAGCAAGGAGGGGGGGGAAACGAGAUACCUCUGCAGCGCGCACUCCGCUUUCAACGGCUGCUUCUGCAUCGACAAAGACCGUGCAGUCUGGGUACAGGACCGAUUGCAGCGCCGUUUGAAAGCGGAGGUGGUGAGACUCGAAGAGGAGCUGCGGAAGAUGGACAAGGCCAGCUCGUCUGCGGAACCAGCAAAAUCCUCUUGCCGCCUGCCAGUUUGGGAUGAGGCCAACUUCAAGGUGGCGCCGCCCUCCAGGAAGCCCAUGAGCCAUGCACUGCUGGCAACCCUCUUGAUGAUUGGUUGCUCGCGCCCGACGCCUGUGGAGAGCAGAGGAGAUUGGGAUGUGGAGGACGCGAGGAUGGAGGAGAGUGGCGGUCGGAGCAUCGAGGCAGACUCCCAGGGAGAGGACAUUGAGGACGUGGAAUUCAACCGGGAGGAAGAGUCCUCUGACGAGGAGACCUCACAGGACCGUGCCUUUAGAAACGAGUCUCCUCAAGCACUGGGCCGCCCCCCCUUCUGCGAGUACGCUGCGAUGGACGCAGAGCUCUGGCCGUCAAAGACCGAGUCGGGCGUUCAGUUGGGGGGGCCACGCAAGCGGGUCAAGCGCGUAGAGAGCGAGCAGAGUGGAGAGUCGCAGCCCCGUCAGCGGCGUCGUCGCCGGGUGAUCUUGUCGGAAGCGGAAGCGGAAGCUGACGAGUCGGGCUCCGAGGAAGGGGGGCAGUCUGCUACAUCGAGCGAGUGGGGGGACCUUCGUAAUGACGACGACCCUUUCUGGGACUGGGACGACGAGCGCGAAUCCGAGGAGCUGCGCCAGUACUUCAGCAUCUGCCGCAUCGACCCUCGUUCGGGGCAGGAGCGCAGGGAGUCUCUUGCGCGCCAGGCCGUGUCCCAGCACGGCGAACCGAUGGCUCCCGUCGCAGCGACAACGGCCGCUACUGCCGGGCCAUCCGUCCGAGAUGCCUCCAUGUCUGCGGCCACGUCAGCACUUCCUUCGCGCGCCAACGCCCGCGCUGCGGUGCAGGAGCCGACGCCCUUCCGCCAGGGACCAAGCCCGGACCCCAUCCUGGCUGCCGCCCAUCACUUCCACGAGCUCGGCGUCGUGACCCUCACCCACGAUCUCCAGGAGAAACGCUUUCCGAACGGUGAAGUCCGAAAGGUGCCAGGUCGCUGGCCCUCCCGCAAGCCCUGGAACGAGGCCAACCUCGGGAACUGCCUCCAAGAGUCCCGCAACACCAUCGCCAUCGUCACGGAGGCGUCCGACAUCCUAGCGGUCGACGUCGACGUGAAGGACGGGGGCUUCCAAGCGGUCGAACGUAUGCUCGAAGAGCACGGGCUCUUUCUGGAGGACACGCCCCGCCUGACCACCGGCAACGGGGGCAUGCACGUCCUCUUCUCCCUGUCGCAGUCCGCAGAGGCCGGCCUGCGCAACUGCGCAAAUAGAAAACGGAUCCGGUACAAGGGCGAACCGGUGGGCAUCGACGUGCGCGGGCGUGGCGGAAUGCUGUACACCGCUCCCAGCAGCUACGUGGGGCUCGACGGCACGUGCCGGUGCUACGAGUGGGACCAAGAGAUCCUGCCGGACCGCUCCAAUCUCAGGGCCCCCCCAGACAACGAGAGCGACGAAGCACCAAGCGAGGACGGUGGCGGGGGCCGCCGCGGCGGCGAGGCCCAGACCGCAGCUUUCGGACCCCCUCGUCCGGUCGAAGACCCUCAGCAGCCUCCCCCAGCAGCGAUCCUGAAGCGCGUCAAGGCCUGCGUGGCGGAUACUGGCGACACCGCCUCUCGCUUCGAUCGCCUCAAGACGGGCGUCAACGGCCCGAUGUACGUCUUUCGGGUGGACGGGCCCCGACGCUGCCCCAACGGCAAUCACCACGACGGCUCCAACAACUUCAGCGUGCUGGUACGCGGCAGGGCCCUGCUGUAUUGCUGCAACAGCUCGGAGUGCGAGGGGGUCCGCCCCUUGCGAAAGAUCGGAGAGCUCACGCGCUCAGAGGCCAUGAUUGGUGGCGAGAUUCGUGCCUUCCGUGCUGAUGACGCCAGCGCGAUCGACGCCCUCCACAAGGACUUCGUGGACUACUGGGCAUUUGAGGGGGACGUCGGCGGCAGCAAGAUUGCUGCUGCCAUGUACACGAGUUGUGGCAGGCUGUGGUUCGAUGGGAAACGCUGGUGGCAUUGGGAGGGGCGGCGCUUCGUGUCAAAUGAGAGCGAUUUCCUGGUGAAGCACGUCCUCAUCAAUCAGCUCAGGAUCGUGUACGCGCGAGUGAGGGACGAGUGGAGCGCAAAGAUUAAGGCGACCACUGACGAGGAGAAGAAGGAGGAGCUAUUCCUGCAGCUUAAGCACCUGCGCACCUACAACAACACCCGUGAGAUGUCCAGUACGCUUGAGCUCAUUAAGGGGGAGUUGUCCGCUGACGACCUCGCCCAGCAGCUGGACGCAAACCCGGAUAUCCUGAACGUCAAGAACGGCGUGCUCCUUCUCAGGACGGGCGAGCUGGAUGCGCACAGGCCCCAAUACAUGUGCUCCAAGAUCACGGAGACGGACUUCAAGGGGAUCGACUACCCAAGCCCUCUCAUGGAUGCUUUUCUGGGCGACAUCUUCAACCACGACUCCGAGCUGGAGGAGAUUUUUGUGCUCUUGCUCGGAGCGGGAGGAAACGGGAAAGGGGUCCUGAAGGAGACGCUGCAGGCUGCAACCGGAGACUAUUACGGCCUCAUGUCUAAGGACGCGGUCGUCACGGCUCCCUGCCAGAGAGUCGCCUCCAAGAACGCGCCUACGGACUACAUCUACGAGCUGAUGGGCGUGCGGCUCGCCAUCACCGACGAGACGGCCGAAGGCGAGCAGGUCGAUCUUGGGCUUGUCCUUGGAAUGACCGGAGGGGGCGAGACGAAGGCGCGCCCUCUCCAUGGGCGCAACGUACAGUUCAACAUCACCCACACGCCCUUCGUUCAGACGAAUUACCCCCCCACCAUCUCUGCGUCCGCAGUCCAGGACAACGUCAUACGCCGUUUGCGAGUAAUGCCGUUUCCUAACAGCUAUGUGGGCGCGGACAAGUUCGAUCCCACCAACGCCACCCACCGCCUCCGAGACGACGGGUUGAAGGAUCGCAUGAAGGAGGAGGAGUCGCUUCGGCAGGUCCUUUCGUGGAUAGCCCGCGGCUCCGUCGAGUGGUAUGCUAGCGCAAACGGGCUCGGUUUUCCUCCUGAGGCAGUGCGGAACGCGACACGUGAGUACCUGAGCGAGAUGGACAAGCUGCAGCUAUUUCUCGACCAGCACUGCGAGUUCGGGGAAGGGCACUCGACUUUGGAGAAUGAUUUUGUUGGGCUUUACAAUAGCUUUUCCUCCGAGGCCGUCUCCAAAGAGCAGCUGAAAAGAAGAAUGGAACGGAAGAGAUUCAAGAGGCUUAGGAAUAACGACUCGCCGUGGCAGUAUUACUAUCCAGGAAUCAAGUGCAAUUAUGAAUUCUAA